AUGGACUGGGCCUGGCAGAAGCUUCGUAAGAAGCGCUCCCCCGAUGGCCAUCCCCCUUCGCCUGGGUCGAUGGACAUCCAGAUUCAAGCCUUGCGGGGGUUCUCAACCGCGUGCGACUUGACACCAGAAGAAACACAAGCGAAGAAAGCCCCCAUUUCCAUGGAAGAGCGCAUUAUUGAGCUGACCCGGGAGAACGGGUCCAUGCGUCAGGAGAUUGCCUUUUUCCGCGGGUUAGCAGAUGCGCUCCAACCAUUGCUGCCUGUCAUCCAAUACCACGUCGACGAGCUCAACUCGGCGAUACGCCUCGCAAACGACCGGAUUGGCGAGGCCAAUGCUCAAUGGGAUGCCGAAGUAGGGACCGAGCGGCCCAUUGGCGGCACUUGA